AUGACCUCGGAACCCACCCUACUGUACGGCAGGUCCUCCAGCGCCGCCGGCCACUACGCUGGCCUUGACGAGCAGCCAUUCCAUGGUGGGGCCCCUGUGUCCACCGAACCGGCGCCGCCCCCCUCGCUGCUCCGUACCGACGCGCCGUACUCCCACGGCGGUCAUACUCAUACACCGCCGCGUUUCGCCAAGCUCGACUUCGCCACUUACGACGGCACCGAGGAUCCCCUCAACUGGCUGAAUCAAUGUGAGCAGUUUUUCUGGGGGCAACGUACACUAGCGUCGGACCGCACCUGGCUCGCCUCAUAUCACCUUCGGGGCGCCGCACAGACAUGGUAUUACGCCCUCGAGCAGGACAAGGGCGGCAUGCCCCCAUGGGAGCGAUUUCGCGAGCUCUACCUCCUUCGCUUCGGGCCGCCAAUGCACGGGAGCCGGCUGGCGGAGCUAGGCCGCCUCCCCUUCACCUUCACGGUGCAGGACUUCGCUGAUCGCUUCCAGGCCUUGGCGUGCCACGCGCCCGGCGUGACGGAUCAUCAGCGGGCCGUGCUCUUCGUCGGCGGUCUACCGGAUCAUAUCCAUGUGGACGCAGUUGACUACGUCGAGGAGGAUACGGCCGCCGAGGGGCUCGGCGACUUGUCCGCCCCAGUUGCUACGGAGGUCGCACCGAUGGCCGCUCUGGCAACGACUCUGGUGGUCUCCUUCCAUGCACUCGCGGGCAUCCGAGACGAGCGGACUAUGCUCUUGCCGGUGAUGAUCUACGGCGAGCGCCUGGUGGCCCUCCUGGAUACGGGCUCCACGCAUAACUUCCUGCCCGAGGCGAUCAUGCACCGCUUAGCGCUACAGCCGACGGGAGGGGAGCAACUCCGGGUCACCGUGGCUAACGGCGACCAACUCUGCUGCCACGGGUUGGCGUGA